AGUAGGAAUGUUAACAAGAUGUUCUGAAGAUGAUGAACACAACUCUUCUGAACAGCUCCUAUCAACUACCUUAUCGCUUCCAAAAGCUUACUCGACCACUUUCUGUACAACUCCGCAGUCCUCAACAUGAACCAUCAGAAGAGGCUCUGCUUGACAGAGAGGAUGACGAUCAUAGGGUAACAAAUCUGACUAUAAAGAACAGUUACAGUCAACCUAUUGAUGAAAUUGAAGUCAGCAAUCAACAAGGUUCAAAACACGAUCAACUCCAGAUCUGGAAGCAAUCUGAAAAGAUGUAAGAUGCUACAUGUCCUAGCAACAAUUCCUAGACCAAUCCUGCCAUUUCAAACAACAGAAACUCUCAGUGAUUUUCAAUCCGUUAUGAGUUGAUUACCCUGUUAAUCAUUCCUAUUUGGUUUGAUUGUGAGCAUUGUAAUCGAUUCAAUAUUUUUUCAACAAUAGUGUAAAUACUGACACCUAAUCUUAACAAUGCAAAAUUGGAAAACCACUGAGGCACAAAUGGGACAAAAGGACACGACACAGCAUGUGGUGUUACCUAUUUUAAGCCUCUCAAGGCAAAAAAGUAAAACAAUCGAGGCCCUAAGGAUGCACACCUGGGAUAUUGGUAUUCUUUCUGUUAUAAAUACUUCAUAUAUGUGUUGUGUGGUGGACCUUGAUAGUGCAAGUGUGAUUAAAGCAGGAAGCAGCAUUUUUAGAAUCCAGAAUGCACCAAUGGGCGCUUAAAGUAAAUGUCCCUGACGCAAGCGUCACCAAGACGUUAACUGUGUCUGGUGAAUCUACUGUAUCAGAAGUCACUCUUAAACUAGUAGAGUUAUUAGGUAGUUUAAAAAACUGGUCAAAGUAUGCACUGUGGUGUACGGAUAAAAAGACUUGGUUGAUAGCUCCUCGUGCUACACUCAACACAUAUGGCCUUGAUGCAGGUAACAAAGUGAUCUUCACGACAACCAGUAAAAAGUUGUCAAUCCAGCUGCCGGACAGAUCUCAGCUAGAUUUGGAGAAAGCAGAUUUCAGUAACACUUUGUUCUCGGUAGUGUGUACUAUCUGUCGGGAUCUGAGGGUACGACAUCCUGAGGAGCUCUCUUUACUUAGGUGUGCUAAGGAAGAAGAUUUGAAGGAUGCGAGGAAUGUCACAGCUCGUCGUACUUUCCGUGUCCGCAAGGCAAACAAGCCCAAACCAAAGAAGGAUGCUGGUGCUUCCCAGGAUAAGAUGGAUACUUUUGGUGCUUCAAAUGGAGAGACGCUGUCACCUCACGGAUCAGUAGCUAACGUGUGCCAGCUUACUCCUGAUGAGAUAGAUCAUAUUGACAUCAAGGAGGGUAAGACCAUGGAUGAGCGAGCCAUGAUGAACGCGGGAUGGCUGGACAGCAGCAAGUCUCUCAUGGAACAGGACGUUCAAGAAGGGGACAUGUUGCUCCUGAGGUUCAAAUACUUUGCUUUCCUGGAUCUCAACAAACAGAGAGACGAAGCUCGUAUAAACGCUCUGUUCCACCAAGCUAUCAGAUCAGUGUUAUCUGAAGAUGUUGUACCUACUGAGUCAGAGUGUCUUGAGUUCGCUGCUCUUCAGUUUGCAGUUGAGCAAGCAGUGAGGAAUCCCCCAAAACUAGCCCCGGCCAUGGCACCCGGUAAAGAUGACCUGGACUCUGCUUUGGCUGAUUUGGAGGUCUCCCUCGGAGCUAACGAUCCUGAUCUGGAGAAACUGAACAACACAGUGCUCCCUAACUACAACAGAGAACUACAAGCAAACCUGAAAUUCAAGAAGCCGAACAAGAUUUUCUUCUUCUUGGCCAAGCCAAAGAUGCACAAGUUUACAUUCAGAGAUACAACCAUGUCAUUCUUUAAGGAUGCGGCAGGUUCUGGACCCCCUGAUUUCGUCCAAGAUCUUAAAGAUUGCUCGAUUGUUCCAGAAGUGGAUGUCAGAAAAGGAAAAUACAUCCUACACAUCAAACCUCCUGGCGGAAAAGAAUACCUCGUUCUGUUCGGAGAUAAAGAAGAGUUUUGCCAAUGGACUGCAGCGUGCCGUCUGGCUAGCAAGGGAAAGCCAAUCAGCGACAGUACCUACGACAGUGAGAUCGACAUCGUAAAGACGAUGGCAAACAUGCAGGAGCAUUCCCAGACCCUGAAACUAAACAGGAACAAGCGAGCUGUUGUCACUUCUGACGAGAUAAAAACUGAAGACUUUGUCUCGGCGAGGGUUGGAAGAAAACACCGACCGGAACAAUUGGCUAAUUUGAUCCUUGAUGCUCACAACAUGUUACCCAGACGAGAUCACACCGCUACCGAACUUAGACUCAAUUACAUCUUGAAGUGGGAGAGACUGAUGGACUUUGGAAUCAGCUACUUUAUCGUCAAGUUCGAUAAGUCUAAAAAAGAGGAACUACUGGGAAUAUCUAGAACCCACAUGAGCAAGUUUGACCUGGCGCCCCCACAUGAGCUUCUCAAGACCUGGCACUGGACUUCUCUGCAGAGCUGGAAUGUUAACUGGGAGAUCAGAAAGUUAACGUUUAACGUUGACGGAGACUCCCACGCAUUUGAAUGCAACUCAUCCGAAAUCAAGAUCGUGCACGAAUACAUUGGUGGUUACAUCUUCCUGACCCUGCGCAAGGAGUCGGACACUGAGCUAGACAAGGAAAUGUUCUACAAGCUGACCGGAGGAUGGCAGUGAGGGAGGCUCGCUGACUGGAGGGCGGCGGUGAGGGGGUCUUACAUCUCUCAUACCCCUUCCGGGAUCUGGGAUCUUCUGGUGUUAGUUGGCAGAAACUUGAUAGUAGACCGACUUGUAAGGGUCGACUUCCUCGACACUUAAACUAAACUCUUGCACCCCAAUAUUUUAUAUUUUCUCAUACGUUAGGCUCCGAUUCAUCUUUUGGCAGAAUUUGUAAUUGUUCCCAGUGAUAAACAAGCCGUCAUUGACUGGAAUUUUCGCUGUCUGAAAAGACGUUUCUACUGAUUUUAAAACGUAGCUCCUGAAGAAUUUUAGGUUUUACCAUGAGCAUGGAAUGUUAUGCGGAGCUGAGUGUGAAAUAGCAUUCAUUAUUUCUCGAAUGAAUCGCUCUUGACUGAAGCCGUUUGUAAGCUGAGAAAUUUUGAUAUUUGAUUCUUAAUUUUUUGUUAGAUGUUGCGUGUCUGUUUUGACAGAAAAUAAUGGACACCGAGGACCUAAGUGUCACUUAAAAUAAUUUAAAUGGGUCUUACGAAUCAUUAACUUUUAUGACUAGGUUGGUAGGUGUAGACUAUAUAUCAUUAAUUUUUGUACGUUUUUAAAAUAUUAUUAGUUUAACUUACAUGUUGAAAGAUUACAAUGGUGUUGGAAAAUUUCUUACCGGAACCCUUCAUAUUGUUCCAAAUAGAUAUUCUGAUUUCCCGUCAUAUAUUAUUAAAACUGUUUUCAAAAGUUAAUCAAACCGCUCAGAAACUCUGUAAUAUGUAUUCAAAAAUGAUGAACAAAUAUUGAAAAACUUUAUCAAUCAAAUUUAUUCUGCUUCUGAUAUUAAAAAAUCCCUUUUUUGCGAUUGGUUUCCAUUGAAACGAUUGCUUUAUUAUCGACCGAGAAAAUUCAAUCUUGGAGCAUAAUUUCCGUUCUUUUUUGACAUUUUGUACAUACUUUUUUUGUAAAUCAACUGCCGAGGAAUUAUGAGUGUGAUCGAUGGUUAAAGAUUUUCUCUUUUUGUGUCAAAUUAUUUCGCACUGCAGUUUGCUUUUCUGUGGUCAAGAUUGUGCGUUUGUCUAUACCUAUAAGUGUGGAAUGUGGAUCUCAACAAGGGUGUAGCAGUUAUUUACAGAGUUGGAAACUGGAAAAGAUUUGAAGGCUCAGAAACUGUAAAUUUAAUAUUCGCAUAAAUAUGUUCUUACUUGCAAUGGUCAAUUGAGCGGCGUACGAGGAAUGUUUUAUUAACGUUGAAAAGUAAAGGACGAUAAAUAAUAAUUUGAAUGUUUUGGAAUGAAUUUUACUUGACCGGUAAUGAAAAUUUCAUCUAAUUCUAUUGUUGGUCUCAAUGUAUUUUUAGUAUGAUCCAAAUUUUGUGGUUCAUACCUGCAAUCGAUAGUUCAUCGAGUGAAUUUCUGGGUUCAUCCCUCUGAGGGUAAACUCUAGAACAUUUUCCGAAUUUAUAAUCUGAUCCGUGGUCAUUAGCAGAACCAUCCACUAUCUAUAAUUUUGUAGUAAUGUUAUACAAAAAGUUUUAUGAUUGGUUUUAUAAAUUUAA